AAGCGACCAAGGCAGGCGCCCCUAGUUACGCCGCGGAAACUCGAAAGUAUAAAAACGAACCCCCACUCUCGCUACAGAAUAUCAAUCAGAUCAAGCAUCUACUAUCUUACACUAUGGCACACAUUCCCAGAGGACCUUUCUAUAUUCGCAGCCAGUAUAAUGGCCGUGUCAUUGAUGUCGAAGGUGGUUCCGUCAACGACAACGCUCCCAUCAUUGUCUGGGACCAAAAGGGAACCGAAGCCCAGAACCAGUAAGCUUUGGGAAUACCGCAAUGGGGCUUUUGUCAACGUCAACAGCGGUAAAGUCCUAGAUAUCAAGGGUGGUAACAUUCGUCCUGAUGCUCAUAUCAUCCAAUACAACCAAAAGCCUGAAUAUGAAACCGAAAGCAACCAGAGAUGGGAAAUUGACCAUGAAGGCUACAUUCACUCCACUGCUGAUCCUAACCUUGUGCUCGAUAUCAAGGGUGCCGAGGACAGAGCUGGUGCCUCCGUCAUUCUCUAUGAAAGACGUGCUGGUGGUGUUGCCAGCAACCAGCGUUGGGAACUAGUUCCUGCCAACUAUUAAAAUGAGGUCAAACUCGGCAAUGAAUUGAAAUGAACCAAAAUAUUGAUUGAUUGUGAAAAAAUGUAAUAAAGAAAAUGAUGCAAUUGCAUCGUUAUAUGAAAUCCAAUG